GGAGCCUCUUGUGGAGCCAGAGAGAGAGAGAAAGAGAUGGCGAGCUUAUUAAAGAUUGUGUCUUCUUUAGUAAGGAGUGGGUCCCGGACCCUCCCCAGCGUCUGCACCGUGCAGCGAAGAGACUAUGACAAAAAACGAAUCAAAGCAGAAAAUCCUAUAGUAGAAAUGGAUGGAGAUGAAAUGACCAGAGUGAUAUGGACCUUCAUUAAAGAAAAGCUUAUUCUACCCAAUGUUGAUAUAGAGUUGAAAUAUUUUGAUCUUGGUCUUCCAAAUCGAGAUAAAACAGCUGACCGGGUGACCAUUGAGUCUGCAUUAGCAACACAAAAAUAUGGAGUUGCAGUGAAAUGUGCCACCAUUACACCAGAUGAAGCCCGUGUCAAAGAAUUUGGGCUGAAAAAGAUGUGGAAAAGCCCAAAUGGAACUAUCCGAAAUAUUUUAGGUGGCACUGUUUUUCGAGAUCCAAUUAUUUGCAAAAACAUCCCACGACUUGUUCCUGGUUGGGUGAAACCAAUUACAAUAGGACGACAUGCAUAUGGAGAUCAGUAUCGAGCCAUAGAUUUUGUCAUGGACCAACCGGGUAAUUUUAAACUUGUCUUCGUACCCAAGGAUGGGAGUAAGUCCCUGGAAUGGAAUGUGUUUGAUUUCCCUGGUGGAGGGGUGGGAAUGGGAAUGUUCAACACAGAUGAGUCUAUUACAGGAUUUGCACACAGCUGCUUCCAGUAUGCCCUAGCUAAGAAAUGGCCCCUUUAUAUGAGUACCAAAAACACCAUUAUGAAGGCUUAUGAUGGACGGUUUAAGGACAUAUUCCAGGAUAUUUUUGAGCUAAAUUACAAAGCAGCGUUUGACAAGCUGGGCAUCUGGUAUGAGCAUCGUUUAAUCGACGACAUGGUGGCUCAGAUGCUGAAGUCCUCAGGAGGUUUUGUUUGGGCUUGUAAGAACUAUGACGGAGAUGUUCAAUCUGAUAUCCUGGCACAAGGUUUUGGUUCUCUUGGACUGAUGACAUCAGUGCUGAUUUGUCCAGAUGGGAAAACAAUCGAAGCUGAGGCAGCUCAUGGAACAGUAACUCGCCAUUUCAGAGAGCACCAGAAGGGCAAAGCCACUAGCACAAACCCAAUCGCCAGUAUCUUUGCCUGGACUCGAGGGCUGGAGCACAGAGCAAAACUGGAUGGCAGUAAGCAACUUAAACAGUUUGCUGAUAUUCUGGAGGUGGUGUGUAUAGAAACUGUGGAGAGUGGCAUCAUGACAAAGGACUUGGCAGCUUGUAUUCAUGGGCUGCAGAAUGUAAAACCAGGGCAGCACUAUGUGUACACUGAAGAAUUUCUUGAUGUCAUCAAGGAAAACUUAGGCAAGAAGUUGAGUCGUUAAAAAUGACCAAGAACAAUGAAGAACCUUCAGGAUUCAUUGCAGGAUGCUCGUCAGCCAAUGUUAUUUUGUGAUGCAGAUUCAAGGCACGAAGGCAUUAGUUUACUCAAGCAUUAGGACUUGCUUUGAUUUGUGAUGAAGUCUUGUUUGUCAUCACUGUUAUAUGUUUAUUUGAUUGUGGGCUUUCAUUUUAAAUUUAAAAAUAUUCAGUUUCAACUGCCCAUAAUUCCUUCUUUUGCAGCAGGAGUAUUGAUGCAAAACAACUAAUUGUUUCAUGCAGCAUCAGAGCCUGUUACCUGUAACGCAGAAGUGAGCCAAUUGCAACUUCUCUUUAUGCCAAUAGAAACUGCUCAGUAACCAUUGAAACUUUGUACUUUGCUCCUUUUGAUUAAAAAAAAUCUAUAUGUUUUUAAAA